AAGAGCCAGGCACAGCCUCCUCCAAUGGAUUGGUGUGUGGUGACCAGCUAAGAAUGAAGGCUUUCUUUUAGCCACGGUGAGGAUUUAAACAACUGACAGGAUUUCGACACAACACACAGUUUUUCUGCCUGGUUGUAAUGUCGUCACUGGGUGUGGGCUGAGCUAGGCAGCGGCCUGUCAGUUCAGAGGCCUCACUCCUCCGUGGUUAAAGGUGCAGGUAUUGAAAAGCCAGAGAGGAAUUUUACGAAGCAAGACUGGGGGACGGUUUUAGCGCUCGCUCACCACAAGAGAAAUCCCCGCCUGCCUUCUGGGAUCUGAGAGUUACCAAAGUAAAGAGUUGCCUGAACACCAGGAAGUAGCAACAGAGGCAGGCAGAGAAAUCACACAAGAAAUGAGAAGAUAGUUCACAAAAUGGCUGUCAGAUUCCAAGAUCAGUUUCCAGAAAUGGAAGAAACUGUGAUAUGGGAGCAGCAGACAGUGUCGCUACAACGGGAUUCCAAGAUCGGGUUUGGCAUCGCCAUAUCAGGAGGGAAGGACAAACCCAGCAGCAGCACCGGAGAGACGGCCAUCCUCGUCUCAGACGUUGUCCCGUCUGGACCAGCCAACGGAAAGAUUCAGAUCAAGGACAGAAUCGUUAUGGUGAACGGCGUUUCCUUGGAAAAUGUGCCUUCUUCAUUUGCCAUCCAGUGUCUGAAGAGUUCUGGGAAAGUAGUUAACAUCACAGUGAAGAGGCCCCGCACCGUCCACAUCCCCGUGGCCAGUCCGGCCCCGGCCCUGGCUCCUGGCUCCUUCUAUUCCGAUUCGGACUUUGCCCACGACGAUGCGUCUGACGAGGACGAGGACUACGACCCGGCCGAUAGGAACCUGCGGCGGAUCCAGAACCAGAGCCUGUACCACGAGGACAAUGACCGCUACUCUGAGAGGAACCACGGCUACGCCCGCAGCGCCAGCCCGGCGCGGACUUACAGCCGCAGCCCCAGUCCCCCGCGCAGCUACAACCACCAACGCAACAGCCACAACAACCGGGACUACAGCCCGACCUCCAGUCACCAUGACCAGACCGGCCAUCAACCGGUCAAACAGCCCAUCAAGAGCUUCCUCAUUAAAAACGCCAGGGAUGAAGAAUAUGGACUGAGGUUAGGGAGUCAAAUCUUCAUUAAACACAUGACAUCGAGUGGUCUUGCCUCAAAGGAAGGCGUGUUACAGGAGGGAGACAUCAUACUGAAGAUCAACGGCAUUGUGACGGAGAACAUCUCUCUGGAAGAUACAAAGUCACUGAUUGAGAAAUCGGAGGGGAAGCUGAACCUGGUGGUUCUCCGGGACAACGAGCAGUUCCUGAUCAACGUCCCAGAGCUGGUGGACAGCGAUGACAACAACUCGGGGAUGGAAGAUAUUUCAGAUAUGGAUUCUGAACGUCCUGCUUCACCCAUCGCUAGGCCCGAGCCCGUUAACACCAUGAAGACCAACGGCAGCUUAAAGCCGAACAAACGCACAGUGACAGAGGUGAAACCUGUGGCCUCCCAGGCCCCUUACGUUAUCGACGACCCAAUAUACAGUGUGUCUACAAAAGCCACAAAGUCAAAACCACCAGAUGAGUACAAUGUUGGUUACAGUCCGGACAUGAAGGUGGCGAGGUUUGUGAAGGAUGCCAGUGUGGGCAUGCAGCUAGCUGGAGGCAACGAUGUUGGAAUAUUUGUGUCUCGGGUCCUCGAUGACAGCCCCGCUGCCCGGCAGGGAAUCCAGAAAGGAGAUCAGAUCUUAAAGGUGAACGACGUCAGUUUCCAAAACCUCACGCGUGAAGAGGCGGUGUUGUUCAUGCUGGACAUCCCUAAAGGACAGCAGGUGGACAUCAGAGCUCAGCGGAAGGAGGACAUUUAUAAGAAGAUGAUCAACUCCAACGUUGGCGAUUCCUUCUACAUACGGACCCACUUUGACUACGACAUGGACGGGUCCCAGGACCUGAGCUUCAGGAGAGGCGACGUGUUCCGGGUCAUCGAUACCAUGUACAAAGGGAAGCUGGGAGCAUGGUACGCCAUGCGGAUCGGAGGGGACUUCCGGGAGCAGGAGAGAGGCAGCAUCCCCAGCAAGAACAGAGCUGAGCAGAUCGCCAAGGUUGAAAUGCAGAAAGUUACCAGUGGCUCAUCGGCCGGGCCACGGGCAGAGUUCUGGAAGAUGCGGGGACUGAGGGGGGCCAAGAGGAACAUCCGGAAAAGCAGAGACGACCUGUCAGCCUUGACCAUCCAGGGCAAUUUCCCGCCCUACGAACGAGUCGUGCUGAGAGAAGCCACUUAUAAAAGGCCGGUGGUGAUCCUUGGACCGAUUUCAGACAUCGCUACUGAGAGGCUAGCCAGGGAGAUGGCCGGCCAGUUCGAGCUUGCCCAAACGGUGCCAAGGAAUUCGGAGGAAGGAGCAUCAUCCAUCAUCAGACUUGAAACUGUACGCCUCAUCUCCCAGAAGAACAAGCACGGUCUACUUGACAUCACGCCGUCCGCCAUUGAGCGCCUGAACUACGUGAAGUGGUACCCCAUCGUGGUUUUCUUCAACCCGGAGAACAAGCAGGAAGUCAAGGCCAUGAGGCAGCACCUCCUCCCUCAGUCACGGAAGAGCUCCAAGGGCCUGUACACGCAGGCCGUCAAGCUGAGGAAAAACUGGGCACACCUCUUCACAGGUACAAUAAACUUGAAUUCUGGUUCAAGUGCAUGGUACGAAACAUUGAAAGCAAUAAUCAAAGAGCAGCAGACACAGCCAGUGUGGUUUCCUGAAGAGAAGAGUGAAGAGGCUGGCACUGAAGACAUGGAGCUGCUGAACCGAUCCAACAGCAUGAGCAUGGACUACCUGAGCUGCGACGAGAGCAGGGUGAACAGCGAUUACGAGGACACAGAUGGAGAAGGCGGCGCUCACACCGACAAUGAAAUGGACGAUGGGCUGGACAGGCCAGCCAUCACACGCAGCUCUGAACCCAGCAGGACCCAAGUGUCGGAGAUGUCCACCACAGACGUGUACGCUUCACCGAGGACCCACGCCAACCCACAGGUGAAACCUCAGGGGCAGUACAGAGAUCCUUAUUAUACCAGACCAAGCGAACGUGAUAUCAGUGCAAGCAAGUACAGUCGAGAGCCGGUCUACAGCUCUGAAGAAGAUGAUGAAUGGAACGGUCCAGCCACCGAACUGUAGCCCAGGUCCCAGCCAAAGCAUAAACAGCCGGCCGACAGAACACGACACAAGUCAAACACUAUUGAGCUGCUCAUCAACUGUAACGAGAUUUGUUUUUAGUUUCUUCAUGAAUGUCAUUUUUUAAAUAAAUUCAAUAAUUACCAA